AUGUCUUUCGGCGGCGGAUUUUCAGGAUUCGGCUCGAAUAACCAGCAAAGCUCUGGCUUUGGAACAGGCUCUGGUUUCGGCACGAGUUCUGGUGGAGGCUUUGGAUCAACCUCGUCCCCAUUUGGUGGGAGCAAUACUACUUCAGGUGGCGGCCUGUUUGGAAAUGCCUCCAGCAGUUUUGGUUCCGGUGGAGGAUUUGGAACAAACACUCAGAAUUCAGGUUCAGCAUUCGGAACCCAAAACCGUCCUACCACUGGCUUUGGCUCGACGACGUCUGGCGGCGGCCUGUUCGGAAGCAACAAUGCCGGUGCAAGCACAGGCGGUGGAUUUGGUGGCUUUGGCUCUACGAGCACGAGUGGGUUUGGUAGCUCGAACACCGGCACCAGUCUGUUUGGAAGCAAGCCUGCAGGAGGAGGGUUUGGCAGCACAACUGGAACUGGAACCGGAACUGGAUUCGGUACUGGAACUGGCUUCGGCAGCAGCAGUGGCUCAGGCUUUGGUGGAGCAGGAACUGCUUUCCAGCAGGGGGUCCCUCCUUCUGAGGGGACAGGCAGCACUCCCUUCAGCCCUUUCACUGAGAAGGACACAGCCUCCAAUGUUAUGAAUCACUACCAAAGCAUUUCGUUCAUGCAGCCUUACAAUAAAUAUUCGUUUGAAGAGCUCCGACUGGGAGAUUACAACCAAGGUCGCCGAUACGGAAAUGGAAGUGGGCAGGCAGGAGCUUUUGGCACCUCAGCUUUCGGGGGGGGAUCCGGUUUUGGCACACAGCAGCAGUCCACUGGCUUCGGUAGUACGUCGACUCCCUUUGGUGCAGCUGCCACCAGCGCGCCCUCGGCUUUUGGUUCGACUCAGACGACAGGUGGGUUUGGCUCUGGAACCUCCAAUCCUUUGUUUGGAGCCUCCAAGCCAGCAACCUCUCUAUUUGGUGGAGGUGCCUCUUCUGGCACCACUCAACCUAGCCUGUUCGGAACCACGACGAACAACACUAGCACUGGCUUCGGAUCCAGCACUGGUGGCGGCUUUGGAUCUGGUGGUUCGUUAUUCGGAAACAACACCAACAACCAACAGCAAAACAAGUCCAUAUUUGGCGCAAGUACUGGAACUACCGGUACAGGUACCGGUUUUGGUGGCUUCGGCACACAGACUACUAGCACCUCUACACCAUUUGGUGGCACAGCUGCUACUUCGUCACCGUUUGGUGGGCAACAGCAGCAGACCGGUACGGGUGGUUUUGGUGGAUUUGGACAGAACACAAACCAGACCCAGAAUCAAACUCAAAACAAAGGGCUAUUCGGUGGAUUUGGCAGCAACACUCAGCAAUCCUCCACUGGUGGUAGUCUUUUUGGAGGUGGAGCAACCAACACGGGAACAUCUCUGUUCGGACAGAACAACCAACAGAAUCAGCAGCAGACUGGUAGCUCGCUCUUCGGUGGAAGUAACCAGCAAUCUGGUACCGGUCUCUUUGGCGGUGCUCAGAACCAGCAACAACAGAAGCCGAGCCUGUUUGGCGGUUCCACAAACACUGGCAGCUCACUCUUCGGCGGCAACACACAGCAGACUGGAACUGGUCUCUUUGGUGGCGCUCAGAACCAGCAGCAACAGAAGCCAAGCUUGUUCGGCGGCUCCACAACCACCGGCGGCUCCUUGUUUGGCGGCAAUGCAGGAACGCAGAACACGGGUUCAUCGCUUUUUGGUAACACUCAGAAUCAGCAGCAACAACAGAGUGGAGGACUGGGAACCUCAAGCCUAUUUGGCGGUUCCCAGCAACAACAGCCGCAACCAAUGCAGCAAUCUCAGCCUGCGCCUGGUAGCCUUCAGGCGUCCCUCCUUGAGGGCAACCCAUAUGGCAACCAGUCAAUUUUCUCCGGUCUGCCUGCGCCGAACACCGCCAGCCCUGGUCCAUUGGCCACCCCGCUUUCGUCUGCGAACAAGCAGAAGCAACGUGCUCCUCUGCCAAUCUAUAAAAUUACGCCCAAUGCUGCCAACCGCCUCAUCACUCCGCCUAAGCCCCGGGGUUACGGAUUCUCUUACUCUACUUACGGUUCUCCCUCUAGUGGUGGUGGAACUCCAAACCUUGGUGGAAGCCUUCUUGGAACAAGUAUGCGCGGCAGCUUCAACGGCAGCUUGGGUCGUAGUACAUUCAGCAAGAGCUUUUCUACAAGCAGUUUGCGCAAGUCAUUUGAUCCAGACUCCGACAGUAUUUUGUCUCCUGGAGCGCUUGGCUCUGGGAGCUCACGCUACUCAAGCAGUAACCUCAAACGCCUGACAAUCGAUCGGAGUCUGAGAAACGAUCUAUUCACUCGCUCUGCCAGCUCGCCCACUGCCAAUAUCAAUGGAGACGACGCUGGUCAGUCCGCAAGCAAGGUCAGAAAGAAGGUCAGCUUUGAGUCGACUGCUGACAACGCGUCUGGUGGUGAAAUUGUACCCGUGGAGUCUCAAAGCUCGGAACCUACACCAGAAGAACUUGGUUUCUUGCGCUCAAUCCGUAAGAACGGCACUCCCAACGGUGUCAAUGGAGUUAAACCGGCGUCUGAAAACUCCGCCAACGCUGAGAUGGAGUCGGUUUCAGACAAGAGACUUCUUACUUCGGUUCCUGAAGACAAUGGACGUGUUUCCUCUGCGUCCCCGGGUGAGAAUGCGUCACGUCUGUCAUUCAGCCCUAGUGGCGAUCCCCAACCAGGCGAGUACUGGAUGAAACCAACACGCGCUGAGCUUAGCAAACUGAGCCGUGAUCAACUCAAGCGGUUCACAGGUUUGACGGUUGGUCGCGAGCGCUGCGGUUCGGUUACGUUUGAUGACCCUGUCGACUUGACCACCAUUGACCUGGAUAAUAUUCUUGGCGGUCUUGUGGACAUUGGUGUCCGCAAAAUCACAGUGUAUCCUGACGAGUCAAUAAAGCCUGCUAGGGGCAAGGGCCUGAACGUUCCCUCCACGCUGCGCAUCGAGAACUCUUGGCCCCGUGGGCGUGACAAGAAGGGCCCUUCGCCAGUCACUAGCGGCCCGCUCUUUGAGAAACAUAUUGACCGCCUGAUGAAGGUUCACAAUACCGAAUUCGUCAACUACGAGACCGAGACCGGCACAUGGGUGUUCCGAGUGGCUCACUACACAACGUACGGUCUUGACUAUGAUGACGAGGAAGAAGAAGGUGAGAGCCACAAUCAAAGCACUCUCCCCGCCGACCGCGAUCUGACCGUUGGCUCGGAGCAGAUGUCGACCUACUCCAUUGACGAUUCCUUUGCGAGCUCGGUGGGGGGAGUGGACGACGACACAUUCGAUUUCAAAAAACGUAAAAUGGUCCCCGGGGCGUUUGGAGCUCAGGCGAUGGAGACAGUUGAGGAGCGAGAGAUAGGAUCUGAGAACGACGAUGAGGACGAGUCUUUUUUAGAAGAGGGCUCCACGGGUUCAACUGAACAGGAUGGCGAAGAUGUCACCGAGAGCCAGCAAUCUGGCGAGUCAGAACUUGAAUUAGAUGAAGGCGAGGAAAUGGACAUGGCGGGCACCUUUCCCAACCUUGAUCGCACCGUGGAGCACGACGAUGAUGAGGAUAUGGACCCCGAAUUCAACCAGCCCUCAUUGAAACCCUGGAACACACCCUCUAAGGCCCGCCUCGAUCUCAGCGGUGACUGGGCUGAGCAAUUGCAACGAACCAUUAGCCCCAGGAAGCAGAACCGCGACGCUUUACGUGAGAUUCAAGCAAAUGCUUUUAGUGAACGACCACUUAAUGACGACACGCCAACAAAACCAGCGGCAACUGCUCAACGAAAGGGAUUCAACACUAGUAUUGACCUGAUGAAUUCUUUGUUUCAACAACCGCGCAAACAAGGACAACCCCCUCUUAGGCAGCAGAAGCCACAACAAAAGGCUGGGGGCUUUGAGUGGCCAUACAACAAACAGCCAAAGACCUUCGCAGGGGAGUCCAACGAAAUGAGCAAGGACGACUUGGACUUCCAUCACUCCUUUAAACCUCGAUGGGGUCCUGUCGAUUUGCUCAUAUGUGCGAAAACUGGAAUGGGUAAUCAUCAGUACGGUGACCAGCAUUGGAGCGAGAAGUUCUCUGUGAUCAGCGAAGGCCGGGAUAUUGCCAUUCUCGGCUCUCGGCGGACCGCUGAGCCUCAUGAAAUGGUUGAAAUUCAGCGAAAACAAUCCCAAAUUACCCAUAUUGAUGGUCAGCCUUCUGCUCAACUCGCACAGGCAAGCUUUGAACCCUUUACAAAAUCGUCACAUUCUGUCCACUCUGACAAGGAGCGGGUGGUCUGGCAGUUGGCCAACAUUUUGUUCAAUGAUGACAUCGAAGAUGACUUUUCGGCCAGUGUACCACCACAAUUAAGGCAAAAAUACCUACACCGCAUCAAGAAGGAUAGGUUGAUCCGUCUCUGGGAGGGUAUAGUCCGCGAGCGAAAUGCACAUGCUGUGAGCAAGGCUGGUUCUGCUGAAGAAUGUGCUGUUUAUCUGCUCUGCUCGCAUCGCAUCGAGGAAGCCUGUACUGUCUUGAUCUCGAGCCAGAAUUUCCAUCUUGCGACGCUAGUCUCGCAGAUCGGCCGAGAUCAGACUACACAGCGCGAUAUGGCCCAGCAAAUCAAAGAGUGGCGGGAGCACAAUGUCUGGUCUGAAAUGAGCGAACCGAUUCGGGCCUUGUAUGAACUUCUGGCUGGUAAUGCUCUUCGCAGUGAAGGGAAGUCUGGAGGCGCUCUAGAGGAUCGCGCAUCUACUUUCACUUUCUCUGAACGAUUCGAGUUGGAUUGGUUUCAGGCUUUUGGUCUCCGGCUUUGGUAUGGCAUUACCGAUGAUGAACCUCUCGAAGUUGCAGUAUCAGCCUUUGCUCAGGACCUAAAGAGUGGCGAGGAGCCUGCAUUCCCCUUGCCUCCUCACCAGGAUAAAGACAGGGGCGUGUGGCAUACAUCUACCGACAACAUGGGCCACGAAUCGCCCCUUUGGGUCCUGCUCAAGGCCUAUGCAGUAACUCUGGGUGCGGCUAAAGGCACUGGGGUCCCUACACUUACAUUGCCUGCUGCUUUGCUGCCGGAGUCUGUGACCGGAGACAAGCUGUCAAAUCGGUUAUCCUUCCAACUCUGCCAGGUCCUUUCUGCUGUUCUUGGUCAGUAUGAGCGCCUUGAAAUUGAUAUCGCGCAGAUGGACCAGCUAGUGUGGGAUUAUGCGUGGGAGCUUUGUGCAUCUGGAAACCUGGCGCAAGUUCUAUUUGUUUUGCUUCAUCUGUCGCGCGCCUCAGAUCGUGAAAGGGCUGUAAAGGAGGUACUCGCGCGAUUUGCUGCCGAACUUCCCGAGCCGAUCACGCCGGAAGGCUCUCCGGAUGCAACUUGGCAGCAAUUGACUAGCGAUCUCCAAAUUCCAGAGAACUGGAUCUGGAUGUCCAAGGCUCUUUAUGCUCGAAAUAUUGGUGAUGCUGCUCGCGAAGUGGAUUGUCUGGUCCGAGGGAAGAACUGGAACGAUGCCCAUGCCACUUUCUGCCGCAUUGUUGGCCCAACGGCGGUCAUUGAGCACGACUACAAGACUCUCGAGACUUUGUUGUCUGGCUUUGGCGAGACACCAGAGCAAAAGGUGCAGGGUUGGGCUAGUGGUGGCGGUGUCUACGAAGACUUCCUUCGUCUGAUUACUGCGCGCGGACAGGACCCUCAGCGCCUGAACCGAUUGGUGGAUGCCUUGGUUACCAUGGGUGAUGUUAUUAACGGAUCUGGUGUGGAAGGGUUGGAAGAGCGCGUGGCGUUCAAGGAGAUGAGCCGUAUCGUUGCUGGCUGGACCACCCAGGAGGACGUGAAGGCAAUGGAGAUGUCACGUGUCCUGAAACUUCCUCUGACGGGUGAUGCUCGUCUCGUGCAGACGGCAGAGAUGAGCAGGCGGUACUACAGCGUUGUGAUGGCCGGGGGUUACUGA